ACCUUCAACUGUGAUGGUUUUUCCACAAAGAAAAAUUGUGUACACAAUUUUGUCCUCAACUCUUGCAGUACUUUAAAAUGUUUAAUCCAACUUAAUGAUCUAUUUCAUCUUAUCCCUGAAGGAAAAAUCAGCUUCCCAGCGAUCCAGGCCGCCCCAUCUUUUAGCAACUCAUUCCCACAUAUUUUUGGAAGCAGAAAGGACAUCCAGUGUCUCAUCCCCUGUGCUAUUGACCAGGACCCAUACUUCAGGAUGACCCGUGACGUUGCUCCAAGAAUCGGUUAUCCCAAACCAGCCCUGCUGCACUCCACUUUCUUUCCUGCCCUGCAGGGGGCGCAGACCAAAAUGAGCGCCAGUGACGCCAAUUCCUCCAUUUUCCUCACCGACUCGCCCAAGCAAAUCAAAAACAAGGUCAACAAACACGCCUUUUCUGGAGGCAAAGACACAGUGGAAGAGCACAGGAAAUAUGGUGGAAACGCAGACGUCGACGUCUCCUUCAUGUAUCUGACUUUCUUCCUGGAAGAUGAUGAACAGCUGGAGAAGAUUAGACAGGACUACACGAGUGGAGCUCUUCUCACCGGAGAGCUGAAGAAGCUUCUGAUUGAGACUCUGCAGCCCAUGAUCGCCCAGCACCAAGAGAGACGCAAACAAGUCACGGACGAAAUAGUGAAGCAGUUCAUGACUCCCAGACCUUUGAAUUUUAAACACUAGCCUGCUUGAACCAAUCCAAGUCUUUGUUGUUUUUCAAAGGGGAAUUCAUAUGAAGAACAAUCAAUUGUUUACUCAUUAACUGGAGAGAAUCGCUGGACAUGCUAAACUAAACAUCAAAGCUUCACCCAAAAAUACAUGUCUCUAAUGUAAACGUUUGAAUGAUUGAAUUAUCAGUCCUGCUCUAAUACUGUAGUAAUUCCCUCUCUGUGCUCGAGAAUCAGCCCACUAGCGGAAGAGAAAGGUGUUUUAAUGGCACCGAUGAAAUCUGUGUAACUCAGCUACACACCCACGGUACAGAAUGAUGGUUUAGAAGUCAUGCUUUGGAAGGUGGUUAUGUAGUAAAAUCAUGUUCUUAUCUGUCUACACCAGGAGGAAAAACAAAUAUCAAUGUAGGUAAAUCUCUUCAUUCACCAUGGCCUGGAUAACAUUAAAACUACACUUCAACAGUGAAAA